AUGGGGCGCAACAUUGAGACACCUCUCCCAGUGUGUCCAAGCUCGCCCCCCACACGAGCUUGGCCAGACUUGAGAGCUUUCGAGGUAAAAGACAAGGAGCUUGAAAGAAAACAGGCAGAGGGAUACAACACCCGACACAGGGGAAAGGGGAAGACACCGCUCCAGCCAGGCCAGAGAGUCUGGAUAAAGAACGAAACACGCACUGGAGAAGUUUCCGGAUCAGCAGGGACACCGAGGUCAUACAUCAUGGACACUUCAAAUGGCAGUCUCAGAAGAAACCACUCUCAUUUGAGAGUUGGGCCUUCACCAUUGACGACUCCAGAUCCAGGGAUACGCACCAGAGUGGGCAGAGCGGUCAAGCCCAUCAAAAGACUGAACUUGAUGCUAUUCCUGGACAUGGAGUUCCAAACAUUGAAACUGAAGGCGACGGACAACUCGGCAAGGCAGCACAUUCUCACUAUCAAACUCAGCCCAAAGAAUUUCAAGUCCGCCCUGAAGUACAAGAAUCAGAUGGACCAUGACAUGGUCAGAGUGGCCCAGUGCAGCGCGGGGGACGGCGUGAUAAGCGUUGCUGAUAGUGGUGUAACAGUGAUCCAAAAUAUUUUCCUCUCUGGUCGGACAUUUUAUAAGUUGUCUGUAUUUUGGGAGUUCGUGGGUGAGGUUACCUUUGUUAAAGUCGCCGAGGACAAUAACUAA